AUGUUCGACUUUCCCCCCUUUUUCUGCCUCGUCCGCGUCGACCCGCGUGUCGUCACGCGUCACGUACCGCCUCGUGUACCGUACUCGCUCACUCUCGACGUGCUCUGCGCGAUGCGCGGGAUGGGGGAGGCGCAGGACGACUCGCAGGUGCAGCGGCACUCUUCCCGGAACUUUGGACGAUGUCUUUCCCCCACCUUCUCCGCGACUCCACGGGCGGCAUCCCGCAGCCGACACGGCUACUUCGACUAUGUCCGCUUCUCGGCGAUGACCAACACGACGCGGCGGCGUCUCUCCGCGUGUCCCGACAUGCGCUGCGCUUGUGAUGUACGCUGUACGAGGAGCCAUGGACGUCUCCCGCUCGCCAUGAAUCGCAACGUCAAGCAGUCGCUGACUUCGAUUGCGAACACCGACUGCAACCAGUCCGCACAGCGACGGCGGACGUCGCCGUACUCUCCGAAUAUCGUAGCCACCCGCCAUCAUCCACGUACGCGCGACGACAGUGGUCAUGUCCGCGCUCACCCGCACCUCCCAAUUCAUUUGCCCGACCCGCCCUCUCCGCCGCCCUCAGCGCUGAGGUGCAUAUCGACGAAGACGCUGAACGCAUCUCUAUGCAACCCCGCCGUGCUCGCUGGACGUGAGAGCGCCGAGCUCACCUGUCAAGGCCUGCCCCCGAUCGCUACCGCUACCGCUCCCACUCCCCCUUCUCCACCCGCCGUCAUCAUCGCUGUCGUCGAGGCAAUGAUCACGUCGGCCUCCUCGACCGUCGCCGCCCCGUGGCUUCGCGCUGUGCCCUACACGCGACUCUCAAGCCUGGGAGACCGGGGGGCUAUACGCGACGCGGGAGGUCCCGGUUGA